AUGGAGACUGUUAUGCUUGUUGGAGGAUCCGGAUUCCUCGGAUUGCAUCUGAUUCAAUCGUACUGGGAUGUGGAACCGAGACCUAAAAUUCAUGUUUUCGACAUUAGACCUCUACCGGAGAAGAUUUCUAAAUACUUCACCUUUGAUCCAAAACAGAUAGUGUGUCAUAUCGGUGAUCUUUCGUCGAGUGAGGAUGUGACGAAAGCCAUUAAAGAAUGCAACCCGAAGAUUAUUGUUCAUUCGGCAUCUCCAAUACACGGAAUGGACAAAUCUCUUUACGAGAAAGUGAACGUUGAAGGUACCAGAAACUUGAUCGCAUGUGCAAAGGCUAGUCACGUGAAAUAUCUUGUGUAUACAUCAUCUGCCGGUGUUAUUUUCAAUGGCCAGGAUGUCCACAAUGCUGAUGAGUCUUGGCCAAUUCCGGAAGUUCCUAUGGAUGCCUACAAUGAAACCAAGGCAAUUGCCGAAAACAUGGUUCUUGAGGCUAGCAAUGCUGACGAUGACUUUUACACCGUUGCCUUAAGACCGGCUGGUAUCUUUGGUCCGGGAGAUAGGCAACUUGUCCCAGGUUUGAGGCAAGUGCUCGAAAAUGGACAGACGAAGUUCCAAGUUGGAAAUAAUGACAACUUGUUUGACUGGACAUAUGCCGGAAAUGUUGCUGACUCUCAUGUUUUGGCAACCGAAAAGUUGCUGGAUGAGAAAACUCGUUCAUCAGUGGCUGGUGAGAAAUUCUUCGUCACAAAUGAUCAACCAACAUACUUUUGGAAUCUUGCCAGAACUGUUUGGAAGGCAGACGGCCAUGUUGAUAACUUCAACAUUGUUCUAACCAGACCAGUUGCCAUUGCAAUUGGAUAUUUAUCGGAGUUCUUCUGUGGUCUUAUUGGAAAAGAGCCGGGUUUGACACCUUUCAGGGUUAAGAUUGUCUGUGCUUACAGAUACCAUAACAUCUCGAAGGCCAAGCGGAUCUUGGGAUACAAACCUCGUGUUGGUUUGGAGCAGGGUAUUCGUUACACAUUGGAUUGGAUGGAUGAGGUCAAGGCCGACAAAAAGAAAUGA